AUGAAGCCUCCUCAAGGAUUGACGGUCGCAUUUAGAGCGUCCGCUAUUCGGAAGGAUGGCAGUCGAAAGAGUUGUGUGCUCACUUCAGAAAACAACGUGCUUUCCUGUGAGAUUACAGAACUUCGGCCUAACUCUACCUACACGGUUGUCGUAGAGUCCUGCCCACUAGGUAGUGAUUGUUCUGCCUAUGGCAAAGAGCAUGCUAUCCGUACAAUGCCCGGCGUCCCACGUUACGUGAGUGUCUCGCAUCGGACAACCACCACCUUCACAGUGUCAUGGUAUCACGCGCUGGAGGAUCCAAAUGGACACUAUCAGUACAAAGUACGAGCGGUACAGGCAAACGGUCAUCAAGGCCACACAUGCAGUCCACAGCCGGCAGGCAGCUUCCAAUCUUGCCAACUUACCAAUCUCAAAGCUGGUUGGAACUAUGAAGUUUCGGUGUCCGCGUGCACCUCUGAAAACUUCUGCAGUGAUUCAAGCCUUCCAGUCAGUGCAGAAACCUUGCCUAAUCCGCCAUUCGGCCAGGACCUUAACGAAAAACACCCUGACAGUCUGGAUAUAGCCUUCCUUACGCCAGAUGAAGAACGAAAAUCGGGACGGUACUAUUACAUAGCCCGCCUUGAACCAGUCAAUAGAUUUAAAAGUUACUCUACCGGUUGUACCUUCUCUCCGCCACUCGAAUACACCAUCUGCUCAGUGCCAAAACUUGCGGAGGGCACAAACUACAACUUCCGCGUAUUUUCCUGUCAUCUUGGUAGUCAUCUCUGCUCGGAGGGCACUCCCGUUGUUGUCGACACCUAUCCGGGAGCUGGCGAGUCAUUCCGGGUGACUCGACUCUCACAAACGUCAGCGCACCUCACAUGGCACCAACCCUAUAAUGAAAUGCACUCAGGGGUAUACACUUACGUUUACGCGGUGCCGGUUGACAGCACCCUGGGUGAGCAACAGUGCUAUAACGGCCAUCCGAAGCAACCGGAAUGUACUCUGCAAAACCUCAGACCAGAUACGGAGUACAAGAUUGUGAGCAAAAGCUGCAGCUCCGAGGCUCAUUGCUCCUAUCUAACAGAACAAUUCCGUCUAAGGACGCCAAAGCCUGUCACUGUGAGCUCGCCUACCGAUAUUCAAGCUUUGAAUGGCAAAGCAACAUCCUUCACACUGACGUGGACAAGAACGCAAGGAGGCAGUGCCGAUGCCCUCGAAUACUGGGUUUCUUUGACGGCACCAGACCAUCCUGGAAUUCCAGAGCGGACAGUGGCUUGUGAAGCAAUUUCUCACAAUGGCAAACAGAUCUGCGAAAUUGGAAACCUGCAGACGGAUAUGUCCUAUUCGGCCAGGGUCUUAACCUGUGCGACAGACGAAUUCUGUGCGGCACCCUCUAAACCAAUCACUUUUAGCACUGCGACAAAAGCAUUCGAAGCCGUUGUGCACAGCAGCAGUGUUUCAGUCACAAUCAAACAGUCUGAAGGACUGACGGGCACGUUCAGGGCGUCUGCUGUUCGAAACGAUGGCAGUCGAAGGAGUUGUAUACUCACUUCGGUGGACAACGAACUCUCCUGUGAAAUUGGACACCUUCAGCCUUACUCCAAAUACACAGUUGUCGUAGAAAGCUGCCCGCAAGGUGGUGUUUGUUCCACUUACGGCGAUAAUUACAAUAUCCUUACAAUGCCCGGCGGCUCCCGUUUUAUUGACAAUCAAUGGUUCAAGUACACCAAAUUGUUAUCCAACAGAGUUGGACUCCGUUACUUUGUUAAACUGCAAAAUGAUUUCUUUAAAGAGAUCCAGCUGCACAAAAGCCCUCGUUACGUAACAAUCGCGCAUCGGACAAACAGCACAUACAGCGUGUCAUGGUAUAACUCCCUGGAAGAUCCGAACGGUCAUUAUGUGUACAAAGUGCGAGCCAUCGAGGAAGAGCACGGUCAAACUUUUACAUGCACUCCAAAGAAUGCAGGCAACUACCAAACCUGUCAGGUAACCAAUCUCAGAGCUGGUUGGAAGUAUGAAGUUUCGGUGUCCGCGUGCACCUCUGAGAGCUUUUGCAGUGACAACAGCAAGCCGGUCAUUGCGGAAACCUUGCCAAAUCCGCCAUUUGGCCAGGACCUUAACGAAAAACACCCUGACAGUCUGGAUAUAGCCUUCCUUACGCCAGAUGAAGAACGAAAAUCGGGACGGUAUUACUACAUAGCCCGCCUCGAAAUAAUUGGCAGAUAUUAUGAAGGUCAUACUACUGGCUGUGGAUUUAACCCACCACUUCAAUACACCAUCUGCUCAGUGCCAAAACUUGCAGAGGGCUCAAAGUACAAAUUCCGUGUGUUUGCUUGUACUAUGGGUAGUCGCCUCUGCUCGGAGGGCACUCCCGUUGUUGUCGAGACCUAUCCAGGAGAAAACGAUAGAAUUUAUGCCGUGGGAGCGGACGGACGGAGUGUGUUUGUCAGCUGGCGUGCGAAUAGAACUAACCCAGAUGGUGGCUAUUACAAGUACGAACUUCGCAUCAAGGAUUGGCUCGGAAGAAAUCCUCAAAAAGUGCGAUUAAACGCCGGAAAAGAAAUGUACGAUUGGAAAUUCUCUGGAAUUGGAAAUUCAGACGCACAUUAUGUGGACUUGGAUGUGUGCAACUCAACCAACUGCACCAGCUUAUCUAGCGCCCGUCUAAUAACAAAUUUCAAACGUGAGAAACGGUCUUCCAUUAUUUAA